GGCUAUUCGGCAACGGUCUUACAAAUCCCACUAUAUUAUGUUAAAUUAAUCAUAUUUACAUCUACCUAAAUAUUAGCGAAACGAAAUGUUCAAUUGGCCCGUGAAGUAAACAAUACAGACGCUCAAACAUGAAACUGAGGACACAUAAAAACGGAGCCUACGAAAAACCUCACUGAACACGAAUUUUGCCGUAAUCGAACUCAAACCCCAAAACUCGAAAAAACCCUCAAAAUAUACUUGUUUCGGGACAAAAGGCGCAUUGAAUCGGAACUACGAGACCCGGGCGGCAGCUUCAGAACCAAAUAAAAUUAAGCAAAAUAACAGCAACGCCAGCUUCAAACACGUCGACACCCACUCGAAAAAAAGCUUAAGACAUUCCAAAACAAAAAAAAAAGUAGCCACCAGAGCAGCGGCUGAAACAAAAAAAACCGAAACAGUAGGCAGCUGUCCAUCUUGGGUUAGAGAUACACUUGGCCGGUUUUUGGAGGGCGGCCGGUUCCAAUCACUCUGGAUCAGCCGCAGGAUAUGGAAGUGGAUGCGCCCCCAGCGCAGCAAGCCAUCGACAAUCAUCUCCAGAAUCACCACCAUCAUCAGCUGUACCCCCGUCUGCAGCAGCAGCAGCAGAUCUCACCCAGCGUCCACCACUCGGAGUCCUCGAUGAAUUUCGAUUAUUUGCAAGACCUGAGGGCCGGCGCCAUGGCCUCCGCGUCCACGUCGGCAUCCGGAGGAGGCGGCAAUGGCGGCAGUGCCUCCUACGGCCUCGUCGACGACAGUAGAGCCCUGGACAGACCCUAUAACGCCAGCGAGAGGUUCGUUAGCAUACUCGACCAGUUGGAUGCGCGGGUGGAGAAACUGCGCAAGGAUGCACUCAACCUGCAGGAGAAGAAAGACUUCCUCUUGAUGUCCAUGGAUCUGAUCAAGAGCAACGAAAUGAUGCAGAAUAUGAGCGAGGCUGAACGUGAGGAGAUCAUGUUGUAUAUACAGCGGGUUAGCUCGCGUUUGGGCACCGUGGAGCUGAAUGUGCGCACUGUGCGCGACAACUCGCAGGAGGAUUCCCUCAGCCAGAUAAAUGCAUUGAUCGACACGAUGAUCAAGAUGGGCGAUCCGGUGAUCGCGCGCCAACGUUGCCAGUUGUACUUGAAUGCCUGCUGCAGCAGCUCCAUGGAUCCAUCCGGGCGGAUGGACACCCUGCCGGAGGCGGACUUGGGCCCGGUGGAUAAGAAAUUCGAGAGCGUUCUGCUCGGCUGCACGCUGGACGAUCAGAAGAACAUCAAGAAGCGGUUGCAGGCCUUAAUGGGUUAUCUGAAUAAGCAAACUGUUAGCCAUUAAUUUAAUUGUUUUUCGGUCUAUUAACCAUUCAUAGCAUUAUUACCAAACCAAACGAGUCACAUCACCCCAAGCCAGUCGAAACGAAUAAUAAACAAAACAUAUACACAA